AAGUCAUAGGUGGGACAAGAUGAGCUGUGAAUGGAUAGGCUGUUCGGCGCUGCCAGUGAGCGGCGCCAUGGCGCCCGGGCUGCUCCUCUGUGCUGCAUGGUAUUACACCAUACUAGCUGGAUUCUAUAUCUUGUACUGUCCGGUCAUGUAUCUAAUGUUCUUCCAUCACAAACUAUAUAGGAAGAUUGUUGAUGUUCUUUUUGCGUUAUGGGAAUUGUAUCCAGUGGCGCUUUUUCAAUGUUGCUCUAACGCGGAGAUGCAUCACUAUGGUGAUUACGUAAAUCCGGAUGAAAGGACCAUCAUUGUUAUGAACCAUCGCACACGAGUGGACUGGAAUUAUGUUUGGAUAGCAUUGUACCACGCUACUCAAAGCGGUAUCGAAUGUGCGUGUAAAAAGAAACCUAAUGCAGAGACUACAGAGAACCAUGUACUGGAUGUCGGUGGAAGAUCUAAGAUCAAGUUCGUUUUAAAGGACGAGCUAAAGGCCGUUCCGGGAAUGGGAUGGAUAAUGCAGCUGAACUUUUUCCUAUACGUGAAGAGGAAUUGGCGCGAGGAUCAGUUGAGCCUGGCGCAGUUCGUAGAUUACUACAAGAGGCUGAGCUGCCCCUGUCGAAUCGUGCUGUUCCCGGAAGGAACUGACUUGAGCGAGGAGAAUAAACGACGCAGCGAAAGAUUCGCCACUACACAUAACUUACUAUUGUACGAGUACGUGCUUCACCCUCGCACCACAGGGUUCGCAGCGCUGUGCUCGCGGCUCCGCGGUGCCGGGCUCGCGUCUGUAUAUGACGCCACCGUGGCGUACGAUGUCCCUGCGCAGACCGAGGCGGACCUGCUGCGAGGGAAUAUGCCCAAACACAUCUAUUUCCACUUCAAGCGCUACCCCAUUGAAGAUCUUCCACUCGAAGACGAUAUGCUCAAGUCAUGGCUGCAUGACCGUUGGCGGGAAAAAGAAAGCAGCUUACGGAAAUUCCACAAAAAUGGCCAGUUCGUAGACAGCGCGACGAGGAGGCCGCCCGCGGAGCGGCCGCCGCGCUCCCUCCACGCGGCUCUGCUCGGGUUCACCUUCUGGCUGCUGGUCGACGCUCUCUUCGCCUACGCGCUGCUCACAAACGUCCUGUUCCGCUUCUGGGUCCUCUACCACACGUUCCUAUUUAUAUUCGUUACCUGGUAUUUCGGCGGGUUUCAAAACAUUCAAUAUAAACUAUCCGAAAGUCUAAAGGUGUAG